UUUCUCUUCUUCUUUCCUGCAGCCCAAGAAACCGAUUUACUUAAACCUUCACCCAAGUCCCAAUGGCGAAAAUCAAACAGUUACCGAUUCGUUUCGUCCACCUCUGUCUUCUUCGUUCUCUACAUACGCCUCCAAUCCUUAACGAUCUUGAGCAUGAAGCUGGACACUAGCGGUCUUGAAUCGGCUACUUUUCUCUCUGGCGCGGGCAGUACUGAGCUACUCGAUGGAUUAUCCUCGGCGCCUUCUUUUGGUAUUCCAAAUGCUAGGAAUUUUGAUGGGUUUCAGAAAGAGGCUAUUCAGAUGGUGAAGCCAGCAAAGGGGACAACCACUCUGGCCUUCACUUUCAAGGAAGGAGUCAUGGUUGCUGCUGAUUCCCGAGCGAGCAUGGGAGGGUACAUAUCAUCCCAAUCUGCGAAGAAGAUUAUUGAAAUAAAUUCAUACAUGCUUGGCACAAUGGCUGGAGGAGCUGCUGAUUGCCAGUUUUGGCACAGAAAUCUUGGAAUUAAGUGUCGACGACAUGAGUUGGAAAACAAGCGUAGAAUUUCCGUGACGGGUGCAUCUAAGUUGCUAGCUAACAUUCUAUAUUCGUAUCGGGGAAUGGGUCUUUCAGUUGGUACCAUGAUUGCUGGAUGGGAUGAAACUGGUCCUGGAUUGUACUAUGUUGACAGUGAAGGAGGAAGACUGAAAGGAACUCGAUUCUCAGUUGGAUCAGGUUCACCUUAUGCAUAUUGUGUCCUGGACAAUGGUUAUCAGUACGAUUUAUCAGUUGAAGAGGCUGCUGAACUGGCUAGAAGAGCAAUUUAUCAUGCAACAUUCCGAGACGGGGCCAGUGGUGGAGUUGCGAGUGUUUAUCAUGUUGGACCAAAUGGAUGGAAGAAACUAUCUGGUGAUGAUGUUGGAGAACUUCACUACAAAUAUUAUCCUGUUGUGCAUGAUACAGUUGAACAGGAAAUGAUUGAAGUCACCGUGUAGAUCUUUUUAACAAAUGGAUCCCAGGUUUCACCUUCUCUCCAAACAAACUACUUGAUGUAUUUUGUUAACUAGCAAACACAUUUCGCUUUAGAAAAUUACUUAGAUGCAUCUUAUUUUAUGCAUCAUACCAAAUUGUCCGAUCAUAAUCUGUCAUGCUGUAAAUUCAUCUCACGUCUUCUUUAAAUAUUUUUAUUUUCUCUUUUGUAUGUGUGUGAUGAGAGCAGGGUAGCGAUAGCACUCAAUUAUUGCUCUUUGUUUGGUUGAAAAUCUAUGUACUAUAGUGCUUUUAGGUAACUCUUUGUUUUUUAUGACAAAGGAGAAGUCAAAUUCUAUAAGAAUUGAAAUUAUGAUA